AUGAAGUUGACAUCUACCAUUUUGCUAGCCAGUGCGGCCUUCACCGCCACAACGACCGCCUUCCCCCUCCUCACCACACGCCACAUCAACCUAGACGCCCUCCUCGGUUUCUCCUCGGAUCCUCAAGCCGGGUUCGACGAACGGACCCAUGGAAAAGUCUGGGUGAACGGGAAGGGCCCGGGAAGGGAGUAUGCGAAGGGUUACGGGUUGGUCCCGGGGAAAAAGGAGAAGGAGGUGGACGAAGGGUGGUUGAGGUGGAUGGACAAGGAGAUGGAUGCGGGUAGGGAGAGGGAGGGAUCUUGGGCUGCGAUCUGGGAGGUGAUCGUCGGAGGAACCGAGGAUGACAAGCAUCUCGUUGAGGUUCCUGGACAUGAGCAUGGAUUCAAGUACCAAGCCGUCCCCAUUGGCGGGAUGAGGACCCCUCACGAAGCCCAUCCUCACCACCACCACGAUCACCACGAUCACUCCCACCCUCACCCUCACCACAACGGACCCCACUCCCACUCGGACGUCACGGACGAAGACCUGGAGACGAUGCUCGUCGCUGCCGGCGUUCGACCUGGUUUCGGGGAACACCCGCCCUAUAAGCACGGUCGGCCUGAACCUGGGUUCGGACCUAGAAGGGGGAGGGGAAGAGGAGGUCGUCAUCAUCAUCGGUUGAUGCAUGGUUCUGGGGAACGUCAGCCUAGGUGUUUCGUGGGCCGGUUCCUCGAAGCCCUCUCCCACUUGAAACCCCACGAGACCUUCUUGAUCACCUUCACCCUCGUCCACGGCUUCCUCUCCAUCCUGAAACUACUCGUCGUACUCGUCGUACUCGUCAAGAGGUCUCAUCAAUACGCCAACGAGGUCGAAGGUGGCGGUUAUCCCGGUGCCGAGUUUAGGAACAGGAGGGAGAGGGAGAGGUUGCCUGGGUAUGAAGAGGUCGCUAAUGGGGAGGAAGAGGCGGAGAAGCGGGAGAAGGAGGAGAAGUAG